UUUUAUAUUCUUAUCAUGAUCAAUGGUGUAAACAUGUUCACACCUCCUCCAAGAGCAGAACAAGCUGCACUUCUUAUAGAUAAUAAAAUUUAUUUUAAUGGCGGGUGGAAUAAUUUGAAUAUUAAUUAUGUUUCAGACUUUUUUUAUCUUGAUAUAUCAAAACCUUUCUCCACAAAUAAUAUAGGAUUAAUGCCUUGGACUGACCUUUCUUCAAUUGCGGGCCGAAUAAUGAGAACUGCAUCGACAGCUUGCAUUGGUGCAAAUAAAAAUCAAAAUAUCUAUUUUAGUGUUGGGGCUAUCGCAAUAGGUGAUAAUUUCACUUCAAUAUUCGAUAUUACAACACAACAAUGA